AUAAGGAAACGCUAAGGCAAGGCGCGAUGCGAACGUAUAGACGAGUUCCUGAAUGGAUGAUCGCUUCGAAAUGUUAUGUAAUGCUGGGGAGAGAGAGCUUGGGGAUUUGUGAAUCAGUUGUGAGCUACUUACUUUGCAAAAGAGGGGAGAAAAAAAAAGAGCAGGGGCUUCUCAGAUUUCACAUGGCAUGUAAGGUUUUGUUAGGAAAUGCACGAGAAAUUGAGAUCGGCUACUUGCAACUUGCAGUCGUCUCAUAUCGAGGAGGUCAUAUUGGAAGAAAAAAACGCAAACCUGAACACACACACACACACACACACACACACACACACACACACACACGGGCAGGCAGACGCACACACACAAAAAGGCAAACCAAAACACGAGAUCUUCCAGUAGCUCGGUGGCUGAGGUGCUUUUUUUUUUGUUUUGUUUUGACAGUGCGGCGUUGCUAAAUGCACAAAAUAAAAAAAAUGAAAGACGGAGACAAAGUUCUGAAAAGUACUUUGAGGCGGAACGUGUCGUUUUGCUGAAAGCCGUGCACUGAGGCGAAUUUAAUUGUUUUGCGCUGAUCUGUGUGCGUGCGUGCACGCGUGCGUCGGAGUGGCCGCUGAGGAGGACAAGAAGAAGGAGAAAAAGAAAAAGAAGACGACUUAGAAGGAGAAAUCUAAAGGCAUUAACAGAAGAAUCCGCUGAUAAUGACCGCUCGCAGCCCAAAGCCAGCUUCGUUUCAUGUGGCCCGACGUUAAUGAUGCGCAGCCUAACCAUGGAUCGGGCCCGAGUUCACGAAUAUGGUCCGUAAAAAGAAUCUCCCUCUGAGAAACUUUGGCGGUGAAGGUGGAGCAUCUGAAUCGGCAGGUACAGAACACCAGGACUCCAACCCAGACCAACCGGCAGAGCCCAUGCAAGACAUCGUCAGUCAUGGAGACAUCCUAGAGCCUGACAAGAAGGAGGAUCAGAACCCUCAUGUCGCCGAGCCCUCUCCCAGCAUCAAAAGAGACUUGAAAAGCCCGGCACCGAGCGAGAAACCUGGCUUCAAUUAUGAAAGCCACAAAAAGGGAGGAAAUGUUCCAUCCUUCCCCCAUGAUGAGGUGACAGACAGAAAUAUGCCGGCUCUCUCAUCUGCAUCUGCCGGGGGAGCCUGCGAACAGCUCAAGUCUCCGACGAGAUCGGAUCCAGAUGAUGAAGAAAAUGGGGCCUGUGCCCCGUCUGGAGACCUCUUGGAGACGAAAGAAGGGUGGCAGAUGUCUCCGGCGGCCGCCACGGGCAGGACCUCGCAAGUUCAAGGUGCUCAGUCUGAGCACGAAGGCCCAGCCCUGGAUGCCCCCGGGACCUCGCCCAGCCCCCCAGUGCCUUCAGAGCAGACUGCGGACAAAUCGAAAGCAGACACUUGGAACAACACUGUGCCCGACGAGGUGGCACCCGUGUCUCCGAAGCUGCAGGACUUCAAGUGCAACAUCUGCGGGUACGGAUACUAUGGCAAUGACCCCACGGACCUAAUCAAGCACUUCCGCAAGUAUCACCUGGGUUUGCACAACCGCACCCGGCAGGAUGCCGAGCUGGACACCAAGAUCUUGGCCCUCCACAACAUGGUACAGUUCUCCCAAUCCAAAGACUUUCAAAAGCUGAACCACAGUGCGCUGAGCGGGGUGCUUCAGGACUUUGGCUCUCAGCGGCCCAUGGUACUCAAUGGCACGUACGAUAUACAGGUCAACCUGGGUGGGACAUUCAUCGGCAUUGGCAGGAAAACCCCAGACUGUCAGGGCAACACCAAGUACUUCCGCUGUAAAUUCUGCAACUUUACCUACAUGGGCAGCACUUCCACGGAGUUAGAACAACACUUCCUCUCCACGCACCCCAAUAAGAUCAAAACCCAGCCGGUAAACUCGGACUCUCCGAGAGAAUAUAACAAAUUGUCAGAGAAGAACAAAAGUCGCAACGUGGAAACGGGCAGCCGUGAGAAGUGGCAGGAGAGGAGCACCGUUAGGAGUGACGACGAGACUCCCGUUGGCUACUUUGUUCCUAUCAAACCCUUGGACUCGUCCAAACACAACGGUACCGAUGGCACCAGCUAUUACUGGUGCAAGUUUUGCAGCUUUAGCUACGAAUCGUCCAGCACGGUUCGACUCCUGGAACAUUACGAUAGGCAGCACUCUGGAAGUCAGGCGGUGAACCAUAAUAAAGAAGAGAGCAACCCGACCUCGAAAGAAAGUCUGAUAACGGUGAGUGACAAGAAAACCGUGGAAGAGCUAAUAACGAUCAGCAAGAAGAAAGAGGCGUCGGGCAAGGCGGCUGCUAGCGAGGAUAAAAUGGUGACGAGCUACAAUUGUCAGUUUUGUGAUUUCAGGUACUCCAUGAGCCACGGGCCGGACGUGAUUAUAGUGGGGCCGCUUCUGCGUCACUACCAGCAGGUGCACAGCAUUCAUAAAUGUACCAUUAAGCACUGUCAGUUCUGCCCUAGGGGGCUGUGCAGCCCGGAGAAGCACCUGGGGGAGAUUGCCUACCCGUUUGCCUGCAGGAAAAGUAAUUGUUCCCACUGUGCCCUCCUGUUGUUGCAGCUAUCCCCUGGCGUGACGGGAAGUGCCAAAGUUAAGCACCAGUGUGAUCAGUGCUCAUUUGCAGCUCACGACGUCGACGUUCUCCUGCUUCAUUUCGAGAACGUGCACAGCUCCCCCGUGACCAAGGAAGUCAAGCCUGAAGACGAGCUCCCAGGGAACCAUCAGGGGCAAUUGUCAGUCAAAGAGAACAAGGAGCAUCCGUGUACCAAGUGCGACUUUGUCACCGAGGUGGAGGAGGAAAUAUUCCGUCACUACAGGAGAGCUCACAGCUGUUGCAAGUGUCGCCACUGUAGCUUUACGGCCGCGGAUACCCAAGCUUUGCUGGAGCACUUCAACACGGUGCACUGUCAUGAUCUCGACUCGGCCGCAGCCAAGGCAAGCGAGCUCCCUUGCAAGAUGAGCAUUAAAGAAGAGUCCAAGAACGACUUGAAAUUGUACAGCCUGGUGCAACAGGAGCACAAACUUGUCGAAGCCGUCGCCGAAGGUACCGUCAAGAGGGAAUCCGCAGACGAAAAGGAGAUUGGCAAAGAGAAAGGCUGGAGUGAAGCCUCCAACGAGCAGAGUCACAACAUUAUCUGGGUUCCCAAAGAAAGAGGAAUGGACAUCUUUAGGGCAAGUCCUUAUGGUCAAGGAGGUUUGGGAUUACUGACCACAGCAGCAGUGAACAAGGAGCAACCAAAAUCUCAUCGGGAUACCCCUACCAUUGUCUUUGGGAUGACUGGAGAGCCUAAAAACUUUUUGCAGGGUUCCCCAGCAGGCAGUGGGGACAAGUCUGGUCAUCUUACGCCACAGUAUUCUUCACCGAGUGACAGUAAAACCAAGGAGGAAUCCCAGUCACUUUUACGGAGGCGCAGAGGAUCAGGAGUGUUUUGUGCCAACUGUCUGACCACAAAGACUUCUCUUUGGAGAAAGAAUGCAAACGGUGGAUAUGUAUGCAACGCGUGUGGCCUGUAUCAGAAGCUCCAUUCGACUCCGAGACCCCUGAACAUCAUCAAGCAAAACAACGGCGAGCAGAUCAUUCGCAGACGCACCCGAAAGCGCCUUAAUGCCGAUGCACUGCCCUCGGAGCAGCUGAGCAAGCAGCAGAGGGUCAACAGCGAAGAGCACGUGAACGGCAGCCCGCUGGAGCGGAAAGUCGACGAGCCUCAGCCGGAAGUUCAUCAGCCUUCAAACCUGGGCAAGAUGGAGACGUUCAGCUCCGUGACGAAGCCCCACACGACUCAACAGGCCUUAUUAGUUACCCAGACUCUGGAGAUCCAGAAAAGGAUGCAGCCUUUGCACAUACACAUAAAAAGUCCUCAGGAAAGCGGUGGAGACGUGGGAAACGGCUCGACGUCCGUAGAGGGCAAAGGAAGCUCGGAACGAGGGAGUCCCAUCGAGAAGUAUAUGAGGCCCUCGAAGCACACCAAUUACUCUCCACCGGGGAGCCCAAUAGAGAAAUACCAGUACCCGCUGAUUGGACUUCCUUUUAUACACCAAGACUUGCACAGCGACGCCGACUGGCUUAGAUUCUGGACUAAAUACAAAAUGUCUGUUCCCGGCAACCCACACUACUUAAGCCACGUGCCUGGCUUGCCAAGUCCUUGCCAAAGCUUUGUGCCUUAUCCCACCUUCGGCUUGCCUCCACACUUUUCAGCCAUUAGCUCAGACAAUGACAUUCCCUUAGAUCUGGCGAUUAAGCAUUCCAGGCCAGGCCCGACGACAAAUGGAGCCACCAAGGAGAAGUGCAACGUGCCAACGAAUGCAAAGGAAGAGGGGCCGGUGGAUGUCGCAAAAACUGAAAAGGUUGACAGGAGCACUCAAGACGAGCUGUCAACCAAAUGCGUUCACUGUGGCAUCGUCUUCCUCGACGAGGUGAUGUACGCUUUGCAUAUGAGUUGCCAUGGCGACAGCGGGCCGUUUCAGUGCAGCAUAUGCCAUCACUUGUGUGCAGACAAGUAUGACUUUACAACUCACAUCCAGAGGGGUCUGCACCGGAAUAUUGCACAGGCUGAAAAGAACGGCAAGUCCAAGGAAUGAGCAGAAUGCAGCACUUCUUAGCACAAUUUUAGAGAAAUCAAUGAGGCAAAUAAGGUUUGUUGCCACUCAGCAGAAGCUUGUAGGCCGGUACCUUUACAGUA